AUGAAUGACAAUUUUUUCCUAAGAAAUGCAAUGCCAUUAUUGUUUAUACAACUAUAGUGACUUCUUAUGAUGCUAUUAAAUUAUAACACUCUGAUUCCUUGCUUUCUUAAGUACUGGUAACCAUGAUAUUCGUAGUUUAAUUUCUUCAAUAGUUCAUUGUAUUUUGCAGCCAAGGAGGCAGUUGGAGCAGAUGAAACCCCAUAUGGAGGAUGGUCUGUGACAAGGUUACGUUCUGCUGCUAAUGGAACUGCUAAUGUUGAGAGCUUAAGUUUGGGAAUUGGACCCAAGGGAGGACUUGGAGAGCAAGGUGAUUCUGUAUCGCGCCAACUUAUUCUUACAAAGGUUUCACUUGUUGAAAGGCGGCCUGAUAACUAUGAGGCUGUUAUUGUUCGACCGUUAUCUGCAGUAAGUUCUCUUGUUCGGUUUGCGGAAGAGCCACAAAUGUUUGCAGUUGAAUUCAAUGAUGGAUGUCCUAUUCAUGUGUAUGCAAGUACGUCCCGUGAUAACUUGCUUGCAGCAGUUCGAGAUGUUUUGCAAACUGAGGGCCAAUGUCCUGUUCCUGUGCUUCCAAGGUUGACCAUGCCUGGUCACCGCAUAGAUCCUCCUUGUUCAAGGGCCUAUCUUCAGUCGCAGCAAUUUCCUCUUAGUCAGCAGCGUUCAGUUGCUGAUGUGGAAACUGCAACAAUGCAUCUAAAACAUCUAGCUGCUGCUGCCAAAGAUGCUGUAGCUGAAGGCGGUUCGGUCCCUGGUUCAAGAGCAAAGUUAUGGCGUAGAAUAAGGGAAUUUAAUGCAUGUAUACCCUAUACUGGAGUACCUCCUAAUAUUGAAGUGCCUGAGGUAGUCCUGAUGGCUUUAAUUACAAUGCUUCCGGCAACACCGAACCUUCCUCCAGAAGCUCCACCCCCUCCACCUCCAUCACCAAAAGCAGCGGCAACGAUUAUGGGGUUCAUUGCAUGUCUACGUAGGUUACUUGCAUCAAGAAAUGCGGCAUCACAUGUGAUGUCAUUUCCUGCUGCUGUUGGGAGAAUUAUGGGUUUACUUAGGAAUGGGUCAGAGGGAGUAGCAGCUGAGGCAGCAGGACUUGUUGCUAUGCUCAUUGGUGGUGGUCCUGGUGAUGCUAAUAUAUUGAUGGACUCGAAGGGAGAGCAACAUGCAACUUACAUGCAUACCAAAUCUGUACUUUUUGCUCAUCAGAAUUAUGUUACUAUCCUUGUCAACAGAUUGAAACCCACAUCUGUGUCUCCAUUAUUGUCAAUGUCAGUCGUAGAAGUUCUUGAAGCUAUGCUUUGUGAACCUCAUGGUGAAACGACUCAACAUACUAUAUUUGUCGAAUUACUACGUGAAGUUGCUGGUUUGCGGCGUCGGUUGUUUGCAUUGUUUGGACACCCUGCUGGAAGUGUAAGAGAGACAGUAGCCGUCAUAAUGCGUACUAUUGCAGAGGAGGAUGCAAUUGCAGCAGAAUCCAUGCGAGAUGCUGCUUUGAGAGAUGGUGCUCUCUUGAGGCACUUGCUGCAUGCUUUUUUCCUUCUUGCUGGUGAGCGCCGUGACGUUAGUCGGCAGCUUGUAGCUCUUUGGGCUGAUUCUUAUCAACCUGCCCUUGAUUUGCUGUCAAGAGUUCUACCUCCUGGGCUUGUUGCUUAUUUGCAUACACGUUCUGAUGGAAGUUUUGAAGAUUCUCAAAAUGAGGAAGCGCCUCUCACUAGGAGGCAUAGGCACAUGCUGAAGCAGAGAAGAGGUCGCUUUGGAAGAGGCAUAACAUCUCAAGAACAUGGAAUAUCUCCGUCCAAUAAUGUUGAAGAUGGUGAUUUAUCAAAGCAGAUAGGUGUGGGUGCUUCAGCAGGACCAGAAAACUAUAAAAAAUCUGCCCAAGAGUCAAAUAUUGAGCAGUUUCCAGUAUCUGCCUCUUAUCUCCCAGCUGUAAAUCAGACUGCUGAAUCAUCCCAUGUUGUUCCACUUAACGUUGGCCCAGGGGCUGUUGUUGCUGAUGAUGUCCACCAAACUAGUGUAUCACACAUAUUGGAUUCAAAUGCUUCAUAUUCAGUUGACACUGAAGCUAGUGUUGUUGGUUCCUUGAAUUCUGACCUGCCCGCCCCUGCUCAGGUUUUUGUAGAAAACACUCCUGUGGGAUCUGGAAGAUUACUGUGUAAUUGGUAUGAGUUUUGGCGAGCAUUUGGACUGGAUCACAACAGAGCUGAUUUAAUAUGGAAUGAACGUACCAGGCAAGAGCUGAGGGAGGCUUUACAAGCAGAAGUUCAUAAUCUAGAUGUUGAAAAGGAACGAACAGAGGACAUUGUUCCGGGAGGUGCAAUGGUUGAAGUUAAGAGUGGACAUGAUAAUGCACCCCAAAUAUCUUGGAACUAUGCUGAAUUUUCAGUGAGCUACCCCAGCUUAUCGAAAGAAGUUUGUGUGGGGCAGUAUUAUCUUCGUUUGCUGCUUGACAGUGGGAGCAGUGGCCGGGCACAGGAUUUUCCGCUACGAGACCCAGUUGCAUUUUUUAGGGCAUUAUAUCAUCGUUUCUUGUGUGAUGCAGACACAGGGCUUACUGUAGAUGGUGCUGUUCCUGAUGAACUGGGUUCAUCUGAUGACUGGUGUGAUAUGGGAAGAUUGGAUGGCUUUGGUGGAGGUGGUGGCUCUUUGGUAAGAGAACUUUGUGCAAGGGCAAUGACUAUUGUGUAUGAACAGCAUUAUAAGACUGUUGGCCCUUUUGAUGGUACUGCUCAUAUUACAGUUCUGUUGGACCGAACAAAUGAUCGAGCAUUAAGGCACCGCCUACUUCUUCUUUUAAAGGUCUUGAUGAAAGAUCUUUCAAAUGUUGAAGCUUGUGUUUUGGUCGGUGGGUGUGUUUUAGCUGUUGAUCUCUUAGCUGUAGCUCAUGAGGCUUCUGAGAGGACUUCCAUACCUCUGCAAUCUAAUCUGAUAGCAGCUACUGCUUUUAUGGAGCCUCUAAAGGAAUGGAUGUUCAUUGACAAGGAUGGUUCAAAAGUUGGCCCACUAGAGAAAGAUGCAAUUAGAAGGUUUUGGUCAAAGAAAACCAUUGAUUGGACAACAAGAUGUUGGGCUUCUGGCAUGUCUGACUGGAAACGAUUGCGGGAUAUCCGUGAACUGCGCUGGGCACUGGCAGUUCGAAUUCCUGUUCUAACUCCAAUUCAGGUGGGAGAGGCUGCAUUGUCUAUAUUACAUAGCAUGGUGUCUGCACAUUCUGAUCUUGAUGAUGCUGGAGAGGUUGUCACUCCAACACCCAGGGUUAAACGAAUCCUGUCAAGCCCACGAUGCCUUCCGCAUGUUGCUCAGGCUUUGCUUACUGGGGAACCGAGUAUCGUUGAGAGUGCUGCAGCUCUGCUGAAGGCAAUUGUGACUAGAAAUCCCAAGGCAAUGGUUCGACUAUACAGCACGGGUGCCUUUUACUUUGCUCUAGCGUAUCCUGGAUCUAAUCUUCUUUCAAUUGCACAACUCUUCUCUGUGACACAUGUACAUCAAGCAUUUCAUGGUGGUGAAGAGGCAGCAGUGUCUUCAUCAUUACCCUUGGCAAAGCGUAGUGUACUGGGUGGACUUCUUCCAGAAUCCUUGUUGUACGUGUUGGAGCGUAGUGGACCUGUUGCAUUUGCUGCAGCAAUGGUAUCUGAUUCUGAUACCCCAGAAAUAAUCUGGACACAUAAGAUGCGAGCAGAACAUCUGAUUCGUCAGAUUUUGCAGCAUCUGGGUGAUUUCCCACAGAAGUUAUCACAGCACUGCCAUUCCUUGUAUGAAUAUGCUCCAAUGCCUCCAGUAACUUAUCCAGAGUUAAAAGAUGAAAUGUGGUGUCAUCGUUACUACCUCCAAAAUUUAUGUGAUGAGAUAAGGUUUCCCAAUUGGCCCAUUGUUGAGCAUGUAGAGUUUUUGCAGUCAUUGUUGUCAAUGUGGCGUGAAGAAUUAACUCGACGGCCAAUGGAUCUUUCUGAGGAAGAAGCUUGCAAGAUAUUGGAGAUCUCUUUGGAUGACAUUGUAAUGGGUGAGAAUACUGGUAACAGGCAACCUUCAGAGACGGAUGAAUGUAGCACAUCCAAGAAGAUUGAAAACAUUGAUGAAGAAAAACUUAAACGCCAAUACAGGAAACUGGCAAUAAGAUAUCAUCCUGACAAAAAUCCUGAAGGCAGGGAGAAGUUUGUUGCUGUUCAGAAGGCUUAUGAGCGAUUGCAGGCAAGCAUGCAAGGAUUGCAAGGUCCACAGGUUUGGAGGCUAUUGCUUCUAUUGAAGGGACAGUGUAUCUUGUACAGGCGACAUGGAGACGUCCUGGAACCUUUCAAAUAUGCUGGCUAUCCUAUGUUGCUUAAUGCUGUUACUGUAGACAACGAUGAUAACAAUUUCCUUUCAUCUGAUAGGGCCCCACUACUCAUUGCAGCUUCAGAAUUAGUUUGGCUGACGUGUGCAUCAUCUUCAUUGAAUGGUGAAGAACUUAUCAGGGAUGGUGGGAUACCUCUCUUGGCAACCCUUCUCUCCCGUUGCAUGUGUGUGGUUCAACCUACAACACCUGCAAAUGAACCUGCUGCCAUCAUUGUUACAAAUGUGAUGCUUACAUUUUCAGUCUUAAGUCAGUUUGACACAGCAAGGGCUGAAAUUCUCAAAUUUGGGGGCCUUAUUGAGGAUAUUGUGCACUGUACUGAGUUAGAGCUUGCUCCAGCAGCUGUUGAUGCUGCGCUCCAAACUGCAGCUCAUGUUUCUGUAUCAUCUGAGCUACAGGAUGCUUUACUUGGGGCUGGCUUGUUGUGGUACCUAUUACCUCUAUUGCUUCAGUAUGAUUCUACAGCUGAGGAGAAUGAUGUGAAUGAGGCGCAUGGUGUUGGUGCUAGUGUGCAGAUUGCUAAAAAUAUGCAUGCUGUGCAUUCAACUCGGGCUCUAUCAAGGGUAUGCGGUCUUUGUGAUGAUGGAUUUUCAACACCUUACAACCAUUCAGCUGCCAGUGCACUCAGAGCGUUGCUUACUCCAAAGCUAGCUAAUAUGCUUAAAAGUCAGGUGCCUAAGGAUCUUUUGACAAAUUUAAAUGCAAAUUUGGAGUCCCCAGAGAUUAUUUGGAAUUCUUCCACCCGAGCAGAAUUGCUCAAAUUUGUGGACCAGCAGCAUGCCAGCCAAGGCCCUGAUGGUUCAUAUGAUUUGACAGAAUCACAUUCAUUUGCUUAUGAAGCAUUAUCUAAAGAGCUACAUGUUGGUAAUGUGUACUUGAGGGUUUACAAUAAUCAACCCGACUAUGAGAUAAGUGAACCAGAGGCAUUUUGUGUUGCUCUUCUUAAAUUUAUAGCAGAGCUGGUGCAUAAUUUGGGUACUGCAAGUGUGGAAACUAUUUAUGGGGCUGAUAAUGAUGGUACAUUUGUGGAGUCCUCCGAAAUUGAAAAUGGUUUAGUCAAUGGAUCAAAUAAUGGUGAUAAAGUUGAUGAUUCAUUAGAUAUCACUAGUAGAGAAGAAACAAAAACGGAGGAAUCUGAAGUGGUUAAAAACCUGCAAACUGGGUUGACAUCUCUUCAGAAUCUAUUGACAAGCAAUCCCAGUCUGGCUUCUGUGUUCUCUGCUAAAGAACAGCUUGUACCCCUUUUUGAAUGCCUUACUGUACCCAUCCCAGCAGAAAGCAACAUUCCUCAAAUUUGUCUUAGUGUUCUUUCACUCUUAACAAAAUAUGCUCCUUGCUUGGAGGCCAUGGUUGCAGAAAGGGCCAACCUCAUCCUUCUAUUGCAGUUGCUUCACAAGAAUCCAGCUUUCAGGGAAGGGGCUCUUGCUGUCCUUUAUGCCUUGGCAGGCACCCCUGAGCUUGCUUGGGCUGCGGCCAAGCAUGGUGGAGUUGUAUACAUUCUUGAGCUUAUUUUGCCAUUGCAAGAAGAAAUCCCAUUGCAACAAAGAGCGGCAGCUGCAUCCUUGUUGGGCAAGCUUGUGGGACAACCAAUGCAUGGCCCUAGAGUGGCUAUUACGUUAGCAAGGUUUCUACCAGAUGGUUUGGUAGCAGCUAUCAGGGAUGGGCCGGGUGAAACGGUGGUUUCAUCUCUUGAACAGACAACAGAAACACCAGAACUUGUUUGGACGCCUGCAAUGGCAGCUUCUCUCUCUGCACAAUUGUCAACAAUGGCAUCAGACCUCUACCAGGAACAGAUGAAAGGACGUGUUGUUGAUUGGGAUAUACCUGAACAGGCAUCUGGCCAACAUGCUAUGAGAGAUGAACCACAGGUUGGGGGAAUUUAUGUGAGGCUUUUCCUAAAGGACCCUAAGUUUCCACUGAGAAAUCCUAAAAGAUUUUUGGAAGGACUUCUGGAUCAGUAUGUUACAUCUAUUGCUGCUACACAUUAUGACACUGAAGCUGCUGAUUCUGAGCUUCCAUUGCUGCUGUCUGCUGCACUUGUGUCCUUGCUACGGGUACAUCCUGCACUAGCAGACCAUGUUGGUUAUCUUGGGUAUGUUCCAAAACUUGUUGCUGCUAUGGCCUAUGAAGGAAGACGAGAAACAAUGGCAUCUGGAGAGGUGAAAAGUGGAAACGGGCUCCAUUCUAAUGAGUUUAAAGAAAUUGAGGAUGGACAAUCAGAGCCCAGUGGGCAGACCCCACAGGAACGUGUGCGUCUUAGUUGUUUGCGAGUUCUACACCAAUUGGCAUCUAGUACAACUUGUGCAGAAGCUAUGGCAACUACAAGUGUAGGGACUCCUCAGGUUGUGCCUUUGCUCAUGAAAGCAAUUGGAUGGCAAGGUGGCAGUAUACUAGCCUUGGAGACGCUAAAACGUGUUGUUGUUGCUGGGAAUCGUGCUAGAGAUGCACUUGUUGCACAAGGAUUGAAGGUUGGUCUGGUUGAAAUACUUCUUGGCCUUCUUGAUUGGAGGGCUGGAGGAAGGUAUGGGCUUUGCACACAAAUGAAGUGGAAUGAGUCUGAAGCUUCAAUCGGGCGCGUGCUUGCAGUAGAGGUGUUGCAUGCAUUUGCAACCGAAGGUGCCCAUUGUGCUAAAGUUCGCGACAUAUUGAAUUCUUCUGAUGUAUGGAGUGCUUAUAAAGAUCAGAAGCAUGACCUUUUUCUUCCUUCAAAUGCUCAAUCUGCUGCUGCUGGGGUUGCUGGACUCAUUGAAAGCUCAUCAUCAAGACUCACAUAUGCUCUUACUGCUCCACCAUCACAGCCUGCUCUGGUGAGGCUCCCUUCUAAUGUUUCUGGUACAAAUCCUAAUGGAAAGCGGAACCAUGGGCCGACAUAGAGGGAUCCAUGCUAUUCUGAUACUACCAAAACCAAUCAACAUCAUACACCAUAUAGUUGCUUUGUCAUACCGUACAUAAUGUACAGAUUUUUGUGAAACUGAGGUCCAUUCAUUUACUUGUAAAGCCUGAACUUGUUCAAGCUUUUGUAUGAUAUCUGUUCAUAUCUUGCAAAAUAAGUGAGGGUUUUUGAAUGAGUGCGUUUUUGUAAUCAUCGAGUUUCUGUUUAAAUGUUUGAUUCUUUUGUUUUCCGCAUAAGAUUAUCCCAGGGAAAGCCAAUUUGUAGACGUACUGAUUGGUUGUUACA